UCUUAAGAUCCUCUAUCCCACGAGCACACACGCAUUAUCGCGCAGAAAAACACAAUUUCAGUGAAUUAUUGGAGAUGGCGACGCCGAUGGUAGAAGAUAGCAACUUCGAGGAUGAUCAGCUCUCUUCAAUGUCCACGGAUGACAUUAUUCGGGCCUCCCGCCUCCUCGAUAACGAAAUCCGGAUCCUCAAGGAAGAGUCGCAGAGAACGACUAUGGAGUUAGAUUCAAUCAAGGACAAGAUAAAGGAAAAUCAAGAGAAAAUUAAGCUCAACAAGCAGCUUCCUUACUUGGUCGGGAAUAUUGUUGAGAUAUUGGAAAUGAACCCUGAGGAUGAGGCUGAGGAAGAUGGUGCAAAUAUUGAUCUUGACUCACAAAGGAAGGGUAAAUGUGUUGUGCUAAAAACAUCUACUCGUCAGACUAUUUUCCUGCCUGUGGUGGGUCUUGUUGACCCUGAUCAAUUGAAGCCUGGUGACUUAGUCGGAGUAAACAAAGAUAGUUACUUGAUCUUGGAUACUUUGCCUUCUGAGUAUGAUUCUCGAGUUAAGGCUAUGGAGGUUGAUGAGAAACCAACUGAAGACUAUAAUGACAUUGGAGGCCUAGAGAAACAGAUUCAAGAACUAGUUGAGGCUAUUGUGUUGCCUAUGACACACCAAGAACGAUUUCAAAAAUUAGGAGUUCGUCCCCCAAAAGGUGUUCUUUUGUAUGGGCCACCUGGAACAGGGAAAACCCUGAUGGCCCGUGCAUGUGCUGCGCAAACAAAUGCUACUUUUCUUAAGCUGGCAGGUCCGCAGCUUGUACAGAUGUUCAUUGGAGAUGGAGCAAAACUUGUUCGUGAUGCUUUUCAACUUGCAAAAGAAAAAUCUCCUUGCAUCAUAUUUAUUGAUGAGAUUGAUGCUAUUGGCACAAAGCGAUUUGACAGUGAAGUUAGUGGGGACAGAGAGGUGCAGCGGACUAUGCUAGAGCUGCUCAAUCAGUUGGAUGGUUUUAGCAGUGAUGAUCAGAUAAAGGUGAUAGCGGCAACAAAUCGAGCGGAUAUCCUAGACCCUGCCUUAAUGAGGUCUGGUCGCUUAGAUCGUAAAAUUGAGUUUCCCCAUCCUACCGAGGAAGCUCGGGCUAGGAUCUUGCAGAUUCAUUCCAGAAAGAUGAAUGUUCAUCCAGAUGUCAAUUUUGAGGAGCUUGCCCGUUCAACAGAUGACUUCAAUGGGGCACAACUGAAAGCUGUUUGUGUGGAAGCAGGCAUGCUAGCACUCCGACGGGAUGCCACUGAGGUAAACCAUGAAGAUUUUAAUGAAGGUAUUAUCCAAGUUCAAGCAAAAAAGAAAGCGAGCUUGAACUACUAUGCAUAGGAUUUUACUUGGCCUCGAGGUUCAAAGUUGAGAGACAAAAUAACUAUUGGUAAGAAGCGUCAAACUGCAAAUGCACUGCUUUGUAGAUUCCCAAUUGUUCGGAAGUUAAACUGGGAGGCUUUCUACCCCAUUCUCCUGCACCAUAUACUAUCCCUGCUUCCGUUUUCCCCGAAAAGGAAAAUAUUAAAAAACAGAGAAUUCAGAAGUUUCAGUAGGCCGACUACAUUUUAGUUUACUUGAUUCCGUCUGCAUCACGUUUAGCUUAAAUGUACUUGUGGUUUUUUAUGUGAGCUUUCCAGGAAAUGAAGAACUAUGUUAAACUAUUGGAACACUGAAAAUGGAAUUUGUCAUGUGUUUUACGGUUUAUUUUCCUGUGGAAAGUAUGCUUUGUUUUACAUUAACGAAGAGAAUUCUCUCCUGUUAUAUUGGAGUUCUUUCUAAAAUA